AUGGCAUUACAUCCACGCAGAGUUCGUUUGAAACCCUGGCUAGUAGCCCAGGUAGAUAGUGGCAUGUAUCCAGGCCUCGUAUGGCUUAAUCGGGAAGCAAAGCGAUUUCAGAUCCCCUGGAAGCAUGCAACUCGACACAGUCCUCAACAUGAAGAGGAGAACACCAUCUUUAAGGCAUGGGCUGUGGAAACAGGGAAGUACCAGGAAGGAGUUGAUGAUCCAGACCCUGCAAAAUGGAAAGCACAGCUCCGAUGCGCUCUUAACAAAAGCCGAGAGUUCAACCUGAUGUAUGAUGGCACGAAAGAGGUGCCCAUGAAUCCCGUUAAAAUUUAUGAAGUGUGUGAUAUCCCACAGUCCCAAGGAUCAAUCAUUAAUCCAGGCUCCACUGGCUCUGCUCCAUGGGAUGAGAAAGAUAAUGACCUUGAUGAGGAGGAGGAAGAGGAACUGAAUCCAUCUCAGCAUGUUCCCAUACAGGACACGUUUCCGUUUCUUAAUAUCAAUGAUUCCCCAAUGGGGCCAGCCAGUGUGGGAAACUGCAGCCCUGAAGCGGUGUGGCCAAAGAAUGAACCUCUAGAUAUGGAGAUGCCUCCAUCUGCUCUGCAGCAUGACUUCUUCAGCUCUCCUGAGCUCUGGAUUAGCUCUCUUCCUAUGACAGAUCUAGAAAUCAAGUUUGAGUAUCGAGGAAAAGAGAUUGGGCAGACAACGACUGUAAGCAACCCCCAGGGAUGUAGACUCUUCUAUGGAGAACUGGGCCCUAUGCCAGACCAAGAAGAGCUGUUUGGACCUAUUAGUUUGGAGCAAGUAAAGUUCCCAGGAACAGACCAAAUCACCAACGAAAAGCAGAAGAUCUUCACAAGUCGGCUGCUAGAUGUUAUGGACAGGGGACUGAUUCUGGAGGUCAGUGGCCAUGCCAUCUAUGCCAUUCGGCUCUGCCAGUGCAAGGUGUACUGGUCUGGACCAUGUGCCCCUUCAUCCAUCGCACCAAACUUGAUUGAGAGGCAAAAGAAAGUCAAACUCUUCUGUCUGGAAACAUUUCUAAGUGAGCUGAUUGCCCAUCAGAAAGGACAGGUAGAAAAACAGCCACCUUAUGAGAUCUACUUCUGUUUUGGAGAAGAGUGGCCUGAUGGAAAACCUAGGGAGAGAAAGCUGAUCGUGGUUCAGGUAAUUCCCGUGGUAGCUCGGAUGAUUUAUGAAAUGUUUUCUGGUGACUUCACACGUUCCUUUGACAGCGGCAGCGUGCGGCUUCAGAUCUCCACACCUGACAUUAAAGACAACAUUGUUGCCCACCUGAAACAGCUGUACCGCCUCCUGCAGACUCACCAAGAGGGCUGGCCAAUGCAGGCACCAACUAUGCAUGUUGCUCAGCCACUCUCAGCACAAUGA